GCCAGAACGGUAGAAUACCAGGGCGUUCCACCCCAAAUUGGUGGUUCUACUUCCAACCAGGAAACUGCACCAAGAACAUAAUAGCAUUUUAGAUUUCACCUCCUUUGUACACCGUUUACCCCACAAUGCAGUCUGUCUUCUUGAGUACAACGCUACUCUCUUGGAUUCUUCUCUUCAAUCCCGUGUCCGCGUGGUAUGGCGUCGUCACGUUUUAUCGGGACACGAAAUUCCGCGGUCCUAAAUUUCCCUGGGGCAUCGCACAGACUCAACGCUGUUACAAUCUUGGCUGCUUCAACGAUAAGGCGUCCUCUGUGAAGUGGGAAGGUCUGCCAACCACAGGCAAGUUCAACGGCCAAGCGCGUAUAGCGUUCUUUACAGGCAAGGAGUGCACGGGAGACAGUCGAGAUUGGCCGACGGAUGGAGUCAUCAACGACAAGGAGGGCAACUACCCCAUGGACUUCCCUCUGGACGGAAUCAACGACGCGAUUUCGUCGUUCAUGAUAUGGGAGACCAGCAAGAAGGACACAAACGGCCAGGAUUUACCAUGUCCGUGGGGGAUUAAAUAGUAGAAUUCAGUCCCAACAAUCAAGUAGGGACCUUCGAUGCCACCAGCUUAUCGAAAUACAGAGUCGUGCUC